AUGGAGGAGCUGACAAUUAUUCUGUUGGGAAAGCAAGGAGCAGGGAAGAGUGCAUCAGGAAACACUCUUCUGGGUAGACAUGUAUUUCACACAGCGCCCAGCUCAGAGCGAGUUACUCAAGCCUGUUCACUGAGCAUGUCCACUGUGGACAAGCAAAACGUCACAGUGAUUGACACUCCUGGAUGGUUUGAUUCUUCUCGGUUUGAGAAUGAAAUGAAGCAGAAUAUCAUUGAGUUCGUCAUCAGGUGCAUGCCACAUGUGUUUCUCUUAGUGCUGCCUAUUGGCAGAUUUAUCAAUGAAGAGAUAACAACAGUCAUGAAUAUCCUGAAGGAGUUUGGAGAUGAAGUCAGCAAAUACAUGAUUGUGCUGUUCACCAAAGGGGAUGAGCUGGAGGAGAGGCCCAUUGAAGAUUACCUGAAAGAACUUCACUCAGAACUGAAGGCAAUCAUUCAGGUAUGUGGAGGAAGAUAUCAAGUCUUCAGCAACAGAAACAAAAAAGAUCGCCAGCAAGUGUCUUCUCUUCUGAUGAAGAUUAAUGAGAUGGUGAAAAGAAAUGAAGAAAAAUGUUACACCGAAGCUAUGUAUAACAAGAACAAGAAACAGGGUAUAAAUGAAGCAGAGAAUUCAGUGCUAAAAAACAGAGACCAAGUGAGCAGCUGUGAUGUUGACAGAAAAGAGACAGGAGAAAAAGAAGAACAAAAGGGAAAAGGAGAAACAGAUCUUGAAAAGUUAAACCAGAAGAUGGAUGAGCUAACUAAAACCACCCAAGAGAAUGAAACGAAGUUAUUGAAAGACAUGGGCCAGCAGAAGAAAGACAUGCAGCAACUGCAAGGAGAUACAUUAUUAUUAUUUUAUGCAAUUGUAUUUUCUUUCUUGAUUGAUAUAGUACAAGAUAUUAGGAUUGUUCUUAUUGGCAAAACAGGCGUUGGGAAAAGUGCCACCGGUAACACUAUCCUUGGAAGAGAUCAUUUUCACAAAGCAGCAAGCUCUAAGUCGGUGACUAAGCAAUGCGGUCUGGCCACCACUGUUUUUGAUGGCAGAACGAUCAAAGUUGUGGACACUCCUGGCUGGUGUGACACAGAGCUCUCCGAGGCUGAGCUCACGCAGGCCACAGUGAAAUGCAUCGACUUGUCAUACCCAGGUCCUCAUGUCUUUCUUCUCGUCUUGGCGAUUGGCAAUCGCUUCACAUCUGAAGAAAAGCAAACAGUCCAGCAGAUCCAGGAGAUCUUUGGGGAAGGAGCUACAAGAUACACAAUGAUUUUGUUCACAAAGGGGGAUGACCUGGAGGACACAACUUUUGAGGACUAUCAGAGAGGAGCUACAGCAGAUCUCAAAGCCUUAAUUGCCAAAUGUGGUGGCAGAUGCCAUGUUUUCAACAAUAAAGAUAGAAACUAUUUACAAGUGUCCAAACUCCUUCAAAAGAUCCAAGACAUGGUACAGGACAAUGGUGGUGGAUGCUACACCAACUCAACAUACCAGCUACUGGAGCAAUAUAAGAAAAGAGAGGCUGAGCUACAACGGAAAGCUGACGCUGCUAGGAGGGAGAUGAAAGCCAGAGAGGUUGAGCUGCAAAGACUGAUCAAACUUAUGGAACAGGAGCAGCAGUGCCAAAGGCUGAGAGAAACACAGCUGCAUGAACAACUGAUGGAACACAACCACAUUAUAAGUACUAUGCUAGAGCACAUGCACAUUGAAAGAAACGAGAGGAGUCAAGAGGAAGAAAGGACACAGAAAGCAUUAGGUGCCCAGGCUGCAGAACAUCAAAGGAUGAUGCAGCUAGAGAGGCAAAAACAGAGAGAAGAGCAGUUAAAACAUCAGCAUUACAUGGAGAAAAGGAGUUAGAGAGAAAAAAUGAAGAGUCCCAGCAUAGACGGAGAAUGGAGACGGAGAGGCAGAGGUUGGAAAAGGAGAAGCAAGAAAUGUCAAAAAGAUAUUUAGAAAUAAUUCUUCAGCUGGAACAACAGAAACAGAUGACAGAGGCUGAAAUGCAAGAAUUGUUAAUGGAAAAAAUUAGGAAAAAGAAAAACUGUAUUAUAACAUGAAAAGCUCUAUUUACACAAUAUUUCAAGGUGUCUGAAGUUUCAAAGACUAAUGAAAAUGAUUUCAAAUUUUACAAAUGUGAUUGUAAAUAUUCUGUAAUAAAACAGCAUUCAGCUGUCAAAUGUUUUUCAA